CAGUUUUAGGAAAGGAGAAUGGCUUACUCCUUUUCAUCACCAAGCUUUGUGACUAUUGAAGACCUUCACCCAAAUCUGGCUCGUCCUAAUAUAACUGGUGUGGUGAUUGGGAAGACGGACGCCAAAGGCUUUCCAGACAGAAAAAACAUCGGUGCAGAAAGAUAUACAUUUGGUUUUACUAUUCGUGAUUCGCCAUCUUAUUUCAUAAACGUAAAUUCUUGGGGAAGAGAGGAGUAUGUUAGAUCGCUUUCGGAAAGUUUUCGAGUUGGUGACUGUGUAAUCAUUGAAAACCCUUUAGUACAGAAGAAAGAAGUAGAAAAGGAGGAAAAAUUUAACCCUACAACACCAAGCUGCUACAAGCUACUACUUAGUGAGAUUCAUUCAGUCAUCAAAAUCUGCUCUCGCUGUGAAGUGGACACCAAGAUACUAUCACUGUUGAAUGUACCUGUGAAGGAACCUCAGGAUUUUUACUCGUUGGGGGACAUUGUGGCCAAUGGACAGAGCUUGGACGGCAGAAUCAUUAAUGUUCUUGCAGCCGUGAAGUCGAUUGGUGAGCCAAAGUAUUUCACCACUUCGGACAAACGAAGAGGCCAUAGAUGCGAAGUACGCCUGUUUGAUGAAACACAGUCUUCCUUUGUGAUGAUAUGCUGGGACAAUGAAUCUAUCCAGCAUGCCCAGAGCUGGAUUCCUCGAGAAACAGUAAUCUUUGCAGCAGAUGUGAAAAUAAACUUUGACAAAUUUAGGAACUCCAUGGUUGCAACCGUAAUCUCUAAAACCAUUAUUACUCCUAAUCCUGAUACACCAGAAGCAAAUAGCCUAUUCAACUUCAUAAGAGAGAGUGUGGAAAUAUUAGCUUGGGAUGAUGAAAUAGGAGAUCAAUUCAGAGAACCCAUUCACUUACAGACAAUAACUGAGGUUUAUACAGUGGAACAGAUAAAGAAGAAAGUUUUGCAAAAUGAGGGGAAGCCAGAACCUUUCUAUGGCAUUAUUUUUGCCUACAUUUCUAUGCUGAAUAUUGAUGGUGAAACAGCAAAAAUAAUAAGAAACAGAUGUGCCAAGUGUCACUAUGUGGUCAAUGAAACGACGGACAGGUGCUCUUUCUGUAGCAGUGGUCCCUUCUCAUCGGACACACCAGCCUUCCCCAGCUUUGAUUUACAAAUAGAUCUAACCGACCACACUGGCAGUCUCCCCUCCUGCAGCCUCUCUGACGUGGUGGCCGAGGAAACUUUAGGCUGCACGGUUCAGGAGUUCCUGGCCCUGUCAGAGGCCCAGAGGACAGCAUUAAAAUGGCAACUACUUCUGGAACGAAGUAAAAUAUAUUUCAAAGUUAUUCUGUCACCCAGUUCAAGGAGCGGAUUGAGAGUAAGUCUGCUUUCUUCCAAACUAGCUGAUCCUGUAGAAUCCAGCCUGAACUUAAUCAGAAAAGAAAAAGAAGUUUCUUGCACGGCUGCCAAAGAGCUCGAAGGACUUUAACAGGUUCAUAGAUUGCCGCCUCUGCAGUAGGCUGAAAUAUGUUUAGACGUCUGCUGUGACCCCUCAGCAUUUAUAUUGUUUCUUAUGUAAGACGUUUGAAGGACCGUUUUGUCUCAAUGUUUGUUUCUCACAGCAAGGUGUUCUUUUUAUUCACUUAAAGGCCUUUAAAAAAGGAAGCAAAGUUUCACUGCAUGAAUAAUGCAUUUUGGAAAAAUGUACGCAAAUGAACAAUAGAAGUUAUUUCCUUCUGUAAGAAUGCAGUUUGGCAUUUUUUGGGGUAAAUGUCAAUGUUUUCUAAAAGCAGCAGGGAUAUACGAAUGUUUUCAUUUUUGUAGUGUGUUCAAGCAGUGGGGAAUAAGAAUUAGCUCUGAUUUCAUUUCUCACCUCCUCACAUCAGCCAAAAUUUACCAGCUCAAGCUAAUUACCUUCUCCCACCACCCAUUCCUGGCAACAAAUCUGUUUGCAGCCGCAUUGUAAGGGUUACUGUUUGUUUUGUGUCAGAGUCAAUAGGCAAAUAAUACUGUAAACUGCCUACAGUUUAUUAUGAACAACUUUUUUUAUUU